AUGACAUCCGUUCCAGCCUCACCACUCGAUCGGGACCAAGCACAGAUCUCCAGGGACGAUCUGACGGGUGCUGCUUCGGGCAAUUUGUCCGUCUUUGCAGGCGACGGGGAAGAGAAUGGUCCACUGGGUAAGUGGUUGCAAUGGUGGUAUUGGUGCGCGGAAUCGGAGAUGAGCGGACACUAG